CGUCAACCACUAAAACGUCUUGGCAAAGACCGGGGUUUCACUCGCCUGAGGAUCAUUGCGUCCCCGCCCUCUCGCACUUGCGUACCUCAUUUUUCCGAUUGGUCUGUAGAUUGCUGGCGCCUGGUAUAUGGUGAACAACCCUGGAUCACCACACGGUACAUCCCCAACUGCCUCUGAUGGGGAAUAUCCGCGUACUUGCCUCGACGGUUCUACGAGCGAAAGGACGGACUUCUCUUUUUAUCUUUCAACAUAAAAAAAUAAAACAAAAAUCAAUCCACCUCUGGCCUAUAAAACACACAAAUGGCUCGCCGUAUAUUCCCAUCGCAUUGCCCCACUGAUUGCGAACAUGAAGGCUGCUACUCUCACUUCCCUCCUCGUCUCUGCCUUGCUUGCUGCUGCCCAUCCUGGCCUCCAUGCGCCCAACAAGCGUUCAGAAGAGGAGUUGGCCCGUCGCGACUUCGCUUCAAACAAGUGCGCGCGCCAUGUAGGCGAGAUGCAAAAGCGACGCGUAGAAAAGCGCGCGCAGGUUCUGACCAAGCGAAGCGACACCAACUCGUCGGUUACCAUCACGACCGAGUCGCCGUACUACCCUACGAUUCAGAACGAGACGUGUAUCCUUACUCCCGAGGCCACCACUGGUCCUUACAUCUGGGAAGUUUCCCAGACUCUGCGCCAAGAUAUGACCGAGGAUCAACCUGGCAUUCCUUUGAUCAUGGACAUUGGUGUGAUCGACAUCAACACCUGCGAGCCAAUGCAAAAUGUGCUCGUCGACCUCUGGCAUUGCAACGCCACGGGUUCAUAUUCCUCGUUCACCAAACUCUCCCCCAAUACUCCUUUCGAAGAACUGCUUGAGGAGCUGAACUAUACCAUCGUCGAUGAUAACUUUGAUCUUCACACCGACGACACCACCUUCCUCCGAGGAGUGUGGCCUACAGAUGCCAACGGUGUGAUGGAGAUGAAGACGAUCGUUCCAGGAUUCUACGUUGAGAGGACCGUGCAUAUUCACGUUCAGGUCCACCAAGAUUGGGUGCUCCAGUCCAACGGGACCGUCAAGACUGAUACCACUGCCAACACGGGUCAGAUCUUCUUGUCGGAUGACUUGUCGGAGUAUCUGAUGGCGUAUGAACCGUACGUCUCGCACACCGAGAUUGAGAGGACUACCAACGCAGAGGACGCCAUUUAUGCAGCUGAGGCUGUCAACGGAUGGUUCCCCGAGUUGGCUGUCAUUCCUAUGGAUGGGGAGGAUUACGCGAACGGUAUUAUUGGGUACAUUACCAUCGGUGUCGACUCCACUCGCACAAACGCGUCUACACUCAUGGGGGACGGCGUGGUAACACACUAAACCCUUCGUAGUCUAUAGAUGACAAAAUAGUUUCCCUUGUCAGUUUUAUUCAAUGCAUUAUACCGUUUGGAAG